GUGUGAUGUCACAAGAAAGCGCCGAACUCUAGUUUGUAAAGUUUGAUGUGGCGCUAACGGACUGAUGACUAAAGUGGGUAUCUGUUUUAUUAGCCGGCUACAUAACAGAUGGAUGAUAUCAGCGUACUACACCAAAGAGCCCUGAAUCUAAGGCGUCGAAUGAGAGAUAUUGGUGAUGGACGCCCCCCACAGGAGCGAUUCAUGAGGUUGCAGAAGGAAGGAGACACACUCAGUUACCAAGGGAACUCUGAAGAGGUGGGUUGCUAUGUGGCUGGCCAUCCUCUAUCAAAGGGAAAUUGCUAUUUUGAGGUGACGAUAGUGGACACAGGGGUGAGGGGAACCAUUGCUGUGGGCCUGGUGCCGAAAUUCUACAGGCUGGACCACCAGCCUGGCUGGCUGCCAUAUUCUGUAGCUUACCACGCUGACAACGGCAAGUUAUACAAUGGCAACCCUGUGGGCCAGCAGUUUGGACCAAAGUGUGCUCGGGGUGACCGCAUUGGCUGUGGAAUGCACUCAGAAAAUACUGAAGCGGGCUUUACGACCGUCUUUUUCACCAAAAAUGGCAAAGAGGUGGGUUCAGUGGAGGUUCCUGUUCUGGCGGAAGGGCUGUUCCCUGCUGUUGGGAUGCACUCUAUGGGGGAGGAGGUGAAGGUUGACCUGCAGGCUGAGUGGUUCCUGGAGGAGGAUGAUAGUAUGAUGAUGGUUGACAGCCACGAAGAUGACUGGGGUCGGCUGUAUGACGUCAGAGUUAGAGGCAUGCUCUUGGAGUACGUUGGCAAAGGAAAGAGCAUCAUGGACGUGGGUUUGGCCCAGGCCCGUCAGCCACUGACCACCCGCUGUCACUAUUAUGAAGUGGAGAUCGUUGAUGCUGGCGAGAAGUGCUAUAUUGCGCUGGGUUUGGCAAGAAGGGACUACCCCAGGAACAGACACCCAGGAUGGAGUAGAGGAUCAGUCGCCUACCAUGCAGAUGAUGGGAAGAUCUUUCACGGCAGUGGAGUUGGUGAUGCAUUUGGUCCCCGCUGUUUCAAAGGUGACAUCAUGGGCUGCGGCAUCAUGUUCCCGCGAGACUACAUCCUGGAUGGAGAGGGCUCAGGUGACAUGGACGACUGGGAUAGGCUGCAGGUCCAUCAAGGUCAAGCAGGCGUCCAGAACAUUCUGUACCUUAAAGAGGAAGAGGAGGAAGAGGAGGAGGAGGAGGAAGAUGGGGAAGAAGUAGAGCAAGGACAGGAGGGAAGGAGGGUCACGGUGUUCUUCACAAGGAAUGGGAAGCUGAUGGGUCGGAGGGCGAUGGCGGUUCCUCCCGGUGGACUAUACCCUACUGUCGGGAUGCUGAGCAGUGGUGAGAAGGUGAAGGUGGAUUUGCAUCCCCUCAGUGGAUGACCUCAGAGUCUAGACCGGACCUGUGAUGAUGACCAGCUGGCUGCGCUGUAGAGCUCACCCACGGUAGCCUAGCAUGCUGCUAACACUCGCCAGAACACACUCAGUUCAGCUGCACUCACACAUGCACAUCGCCGCUGUCUCCUCCCCCUGACACUGCCCCAGCUUUUAUUUAUAAGACUUGUAAAUUUCACAAUCACAAACAGAAACACAACCAAAUCCACCUCGUGGUUGUAAAGUAGCAGUAAGGGAUCCUGCGUGGUGUGCACUGUGCAAAGUACAGGGAGUAGAUGUCUCCUGGGAGAUAUUUAACUUAACUCUAUGCAAUCUGUACUGCAAUCAUCCUCUCAUCUAACCUCUUCCUGCAUUCAGUACGUCUCUGAAACACUGAGCUGUUAAAUCCUCCUCAUGAGGUCUGGCACACUUCUUUUAUUUUGUUUGUCACGACCCCAAGCAAAGCAGAGUGAGGCCAACAGCUGUGCCGAGUCAGAGCUUGUUGGCAUAAGAUCCUCCCGCCCUCUCUUUCUCUCUCUUUCUCUCCCUCCGUCUCUCUCCCUGGGUGCUCUCUUGGGGUGAGGCUGCCCUCCUGUGAGUAAUCAGGGACCUGCUGUUGCCCCACCUCGCUCUCUGCUCUCCUCGAGCCUGCUGGAGGUGAACAGUGAAUUGUUUUUACUCGGUUCAUCAUGGCUCUGACUGUUGCCGAGAUUUGGUGAUCACAACAGACUUUAAAUUCUGUUCCUGAGCAGCAUCAGACCAGGCAACUCCUCAGAGUGGAUAAUAGUUUUGUGAGUAUUUUAAUAGGCUUCAUUCAGAUUACCAGGCUGGAGUGACUCAUAUCCAUGAUUUUUUUUUUUUUGACUCAAGAUCUGAACUUUUCAGACCUGGACACUGACAUUUCAUUAUCAGCUCUGUCACUUCAGUAUGUUAUCCUAGAUAGAUACAUAUCCUGAUAUGACAUGAGUGCGAACAGUCAUAACAGAAUCAAUGCAUUUUUUUUUUUUUUUUGCCUAUAUGCACAUACUGAGUAUUGUUUUCUCUCGAGAGCUGAAUCUCAUCCUUAAAUUUGCUGCAAUAGCUUCCGUUCCUGAAUUUCCCUAAGAGGAUAAAUACAAAUAUGUCUUAUCAUAUCUCCCGCUUCAAAACUGAGUGGUCUCACAGAUAUUACAUUUUCUGUUGCUGUUGAAGACACGUACAAAGAGGUAUUUGUGCACAUAUGAACCACUCGAGAGGGCUGUCACGUUCAGUCCGUCAAAUCUGGUCUUAAAUCUAUCCGAUUUUACUCAGAUUUGGACAGUGUGGUUAGGUAAUCUGAACGAAGCCUUAGUUUUAUGUUGGUUCCAGGUUAAAUGAGCAGGUCAGUUUCGUUUCCUUCAAGGACUCAAAACACAAAAGCAAAAUGAUUCACAUUUUACUUAAUCCUCCACGUCAAAGUUUCAAACUAAGUGUUUAGUAUUUGCACUUGGUCAACAUAGAGUAGAGGCCCGGCGGCCUUGCAAAGGAAGGCUUGCACACAGUCCAGUAUAAUACAAUCCAUUGUAAAAGAACAAAUUAGAGCCAUAAAAAUAACCAUUCUGUUUAAUAAACUCUGAAAGUAAAAUGUACCUUUGCAAACCUCACACGCUGCUGUCAGGGCUAUUUGAAUUGGAUUGUGUCAUACUGUGAUGUGCUGCGCUUUUAUUUUGACAUUUCCUUCUCGAUCUGUGUAGGUGCAUGUUUCUCCUCUACGUGGAGGAUUACUUUCCAUUUCAAUUUUCUCUUUUUCAUUAACUUAGAAUCCUGUGAUUUAUGUUUUUGUUUUUAGAGACAGAAAGAACCUGCUCAGAAUUAAUUUGUUGCUCUUACAUUCAGAGAGAAAUCUCCUCUUUGUGCUACCAAUAUGUGACAUAGAAUUAACUGCUGGAUGUUUUUGUUUUGUUUGAUAUAGAGACAAUGGUAAUUAUUUGCUGAGGUUUUGCGAAAAAGAAAAUGUGAAUAUGUUAAUGUGCGUCCACCAGUGAUCUGCAAAGUGUUUGUGUUUUAUCCAGCACAUGCAGCAGCAGCAGAGGCCUGUUUCAUAAAGAGAGAACAGUGAGGUUGUCCAGAUAUCUGUCAGUUUUAACUCAGGUUUUAUAGAAUCACAAAGCUGGCUCACUUUUAAUCACGGUCAAUCAAAUGUCUAACCGAUGAUAAAUGGAGCAGAACCAGGUCAAAACAGUCUGAUUACUGGCAAAUCAAAUCACUGGGAAACACUCAUCACUCCUUCACACGUUUUUUGUGUUAUUGUAGGAGGAUUAUUCAUGAUCUAAAUUCAGUUGAAUUUUCUAUGUUGAAAAAUAGUUGAAACAAUGGACCGUUUAUUAAUGGUUGAGUAAGUUUCUGUCACUUCGUCAAGUCGUUCAUUUCUACAUGUGGUUUAACACACAGUUCUUCUAACACAGGAGAAUUUGUUUGUCACCCACAGUCUGAUGAGUCACGAGUACAACAUUUCUGCAUUACUGACGUCAUCAAGAAUUUAUAUCUGUUCAUUCUACCUCAGGACGUUGUCACAAGGUCGGUGGUUCAGUCUCUGUUUUUUCUGUCAGUGUCGAUGAGAAAGACACUUGACAUCAGCUGUUCCCAGUGUUCAGGCCCAUGCUUUAUAUUGUGGUUCACUCAUCACACUGUGUGUGAACAGGUAAAAAAAUUAUUUGCAGCUCUAGAAUAUUCCUGUACAUUAUUAAUAGAACGAGUCUGCUCCCCUUUUUCUAGCUUCUGAUUCUGUUCUAGUUGAGUGUUUUCUCUACUAAAUGAGGAAAAUCACAUCUCACUCUUACAGUAACCUAAUCUCUUAUCAAAUUUAGCCAUAAUCUCAUAUCCUAAUCGGUGCUCCUCUCUCUCUCUCUCUCUGACUCUCCACUUCUGCGCUCACUACGGUUUUUAAACUCAUGUUUCAAGCAAAUGUUUUAAAGGGCAAAAGUAAGAACAAAUCAUGUCUGUGGCAUUCUCUAAAUUUACGUGUAUUUUACUUUUCAGACAACAUAAUGUAAAAGUGUUGAGAGUCAUGAGCAGUUUGCUCCUGAUGUAGAAAUCAUGAAAACAUGUGUGCUUUUCUCCAGCAUGUUCAAACAUGACCCUGAAAUUAAGUUUCAAAAAGUAUAUACUAUAUAUAUGUGUAAAUAUAUGUAUAUAUGUAUGUAUAUAUA